AUCACUGACGAAAACUAAUCACGUGCAAUUGCAGUUUAUUUAGUUUCCAAAGAUUCGGUGGAUUCGGUAUAGAGUUUGUGAAUAUUCUACAUGUAAUUACUGAAGUGCUGGUGGACGACCGAACUUGCCUGCUUGAAAUCUUCGGGGUAACAGUUCACAGAUUCCUGUACUGUCUAUAACCCUUGGUCAAGGCGGUGCUGGGCGGAGGAUGCCGGAAAUCACGGGUUGUGUCAAGGUGGUCGGGGUGGCCGCCGUGGUCGUAAUUGGUCUCACAAUCAUACUCCUCGUCGUCUCCUUCAGCUCGCUCGAGUACUACGAGUACGGGUUUGCGCGGCGGAAGUCUACAGGCACGGUGGACACGAGCCGUGUGUACACGUACGGGAAAUACCUACUGGGCCCGGACUUCAAGUUUAAGGUGUUCCCAGCCGGAAGCCAUGACGUCGUCAUUAACAACAUCGCCGCCUUUACCUCGGGCCGCGGCGUGGAGGUUAUAGUGUCCGCCAAGUUCCAGUAUUUCCUCCGGCGACAGGAGCUUCACCUGCUGCACAAGGCGUACGAUCUCAACUACCAGGACGUUAUGAGAUCCUCUGCCGUUGACGCCAUAAAGCGAGCGUGUACGGAUUUCAAUAAGACGGAAACGUUCAGGAACCGCUCGGACGUUGAGCGGCACAUGUUCCAGGCGGUGCAGACGCGCCUCGGAGGGAAGUGUUGUCCCGAGUACUGCAGGGACAAACCUUCCGAUUGUCCGUUCGAAUGCAAGGCACGUGACUGCAACGACGACACAGAGAGAGGAAUAUUUGUCGAUGUGAGGUACUUCCAGCUGGGCUCGGUGCGGAUUCCGGACGAUCUACAGAAGCAGAUGAUGGAGAGCAUCCUCAUACAGGAACGCGCGCUACGGGAGGACUUUAUACAAACAGCACAGAUCGUCCGCAAGGAAACAGAUAAAAAGGUUCAACAAAUUAAAAACAACGCCAGGGAGGUGAGCCGUCUUGCAACGGCUCAGGCAGAGUACAUCGGCACCUCUGCUACGGCCUCCUACACCAACGUGGUGGAGACCGCUCGCAGUCGGGGCCUCACGCUCCUCUACUCCACCCUCAACAUCUCACAACAGGCGCACAAGAGCAGUUUCGACUACCUACGGGCGCUGAAGGAAAACAAGCAGGUCCAUCUAACCGUUGACUUCCAACAGAGGAUCGCCGCCAACGCCUGGACUCACCAAUAAUACAGCAAUGCCCGACAAUAUUGUAUACUAUGUUAUAUGCUAGAUUUUCUAAAUUAAACAAAUUAGAUAAAGGGAGGAUAAUUGUUGAUAGCAAUAAAUUUCACUGAGUAAAAGCUUUAAACGUUAUAGUGAGGUAUUUAAUUUUGAUGUUCACUACGAGAAUUAUAUAUUAAUAUAUUGAAACUUUUGAAAGUGUAACCGGACCAACGUUAAGUAUUUACUGAUCAAAAAUCGUGUUAGUUGUGCAAGCGAUUUAUCCAAUCUAAUGGAAAUAAAACAGUAAUCCAUUGACAAUCCACAUGUGCGCACCAUGUCCACCGUCGAACGAAGGAGAAAUGUAUGCUGGAUUUAAUGCUUUGUUUUUCUAUUCGUUCGCGUGAUCAAUACUUAAGUGGUCUAAUAAAAAAAGAAACACAAUUAAGUGUGCUCUAACUAUUUUUUUCUGCAAUACGCUUAGAAAUGUAAACCAGCAGACUGACCAAGAAUACUCAGUGUGCAAGAUGAUAAGGAUAUAAAGUGAUGUAUGUUUCUACAAUAUGCAGAUUCAGUCAAAGGACCGGUGUCUGAAAUAUUCUCAAAUUCUUACUCAGUAAGAAACUCAAAUCCGUAUUAAAAUCUCUUACUUAAUUUU